AUGGUUUCAAGAAAUUAUAAGCCAAGUAUGGAAAAGUCUAGUAUUGAUUUGAAUCGUGAAACAUCAUCGACAUCUGUCUCUGAAACCCAACAUGAACAUGGUGUUGAAGGGUUGGAAAAUGUAGUUCUACACAAUGAAGAUGAAUCAAGGCAUAAAUCUAAAGUCAAAUGGAGCAAGGAAGCCACUAUACUUCUGAUAAGUGGAUGGCUUAAUACAUCUAAGGAUGCCAUUGUGGGGAAUGACCAAACUUCUACACAUUUCUGGGCUCGGAUCGCAGAAUACUAUAACACCAACCAAAAAGGCGAGCAAGCAAGAACUGGAAGGCAAUGCAAAGAUCAUUGGAACAUGAUGAAUCAAAAGGUGGUGCGUUUCAAUGGGUGUUAUAAACGAGUACAGCAAGCACAUCACAAUGGUUGGUCUGAUGAGCAAAUUCUUGAGAAUGCACAUCAAUUGUACAAAUAUGAAAAUAACAACUCAAAUUUUCUGCUUGUGGACUGUUGGAGAUUGCUAAAGGAUGAGCCGAAAUGGAAUACAAUGUACCAACCAAAAGGUGGUAAGAGAACAAAGGUGUCAGAAUCAGGGGCAUUUACUUCUUCUUCCAAUGCAGACAUCAGUGAUGAUGAAGUACGUGAAGUGCGCUCUACUGGCCAAAAGGCAGUAAAGAGAAAAGGGAAGGAAAAAAAAGACACACAUGCUAGAUUUAUAGAGAUUAGUGAACAGAAAGCAUCUACAUUGGAGAAAUUAGUGGUGAUAAAGGAGAAAGAGGCAGAAGAUAAUAGGAUGACAAAAUACAAGGAUUAUCUCAUCAUGGACACGUCGCAUAUGACUCCUGAACAAAAGAAAGAUCAUGAAAACUUGUGUACUUAUAUUAAGAAUAAUAUCCUGAAGUUGAAAUUGCUAUGUAUUUUUAUCAACCGCAUUAUUAUGUAUUUUAUUUUAUUUAAAUAA